AUGGCUGCCCGAGGCCGUCAGAUCCAUCACCGUCGUCGUUCUUUUGGUCGAGGCAGUCGUCGUCCACGUGCUCCUCUUCACCACCACAGCUGGACGCUGGUGAGGCUAGCCUCCCCCUCCAAGCGCACGAAACAGCUGUUCAUACAUCGCCAAUUAUGGAUAUGGAUCCAUCUUGCUGCGCUGGAUGAAGGGUUGGAUGGAACAAGAAUUGCUUCCUCUAGAGAUCGGGCUGGGCUUGACCGGGUUUUUGGAGUUCUCUUCUCGUUUCUUAGGAUCCUCAUGCUGUUUGACAAGGGGUUCCUUGCAAUGGGAAAUGUUCUCUUCGUCUCUGGUGUUCCGCUAACGAUUGGACUAAAGUCAACUUUCCAGUUCUUCACAAAGCCUAAGAAUCGCAAGGUCAUAUACAUGUAA